AUGCCCCUCUCGGAAUGUCCUGCAGAGCUACUGGAUAUGAUUUUUAACGACAUAUACUUUUUGGGUGAAUUGGACGAUGUUGAACGAACUUCGGUAAUCAGACUGAUGGUAUGCUCUAAGCGUCUCUACGAGGCUGGGGCCCGUCGCCUCUAUCGGCACGUCGUGGGAGUUCAUGACGAAAAAUUGAGGUUGUUUGCGAGAAGCGUCGCGGAGAACCCAGAUUUAAGAGCUCUUGUUACUUAUUUAUGGUUCGGGAAACGAUCAGACGACAUCGACCGCCACAAAUUACCACAACAUUCGAUUUUCGAUUGCGAAAUGAUGAUCGACGAGGAUGGGACACCAGCCUGUAUCAAAAAACGACACACUUGGUCAUGGUUGGCUGCGCAGAAAAACUCCUUUUGGCACACUCUUGCCAUUCUUAUUUUCCUCCUUCCAAACCUCAGAAAGCUGACUCUACCAAAUGCGCGCAAGAAAGAUCCUGGAGACUACCGAAAAUUUGUUCGAUUGAUUGAUGGUAUAGUGACAUUGCAAAGGAUGAACGGCGAAGUGCCAACACCUUUACACGCGCUGCAGGAAGUAAUCAUUUGCGACUCUUCAGGAGACUGGGAGCUCGAUGAUGACGAUUAUCAUGCUGAACAUGGAUGCUCGCAAAAUCGAGUCCUCAGGAUUGUAUGUAUAAACAUUAUUGCUUCCUUCUCGGGACUAAAAUCGAUACAAAGUAUUGAAGUGGCAUUUUCUAAGGUCUUCCGAUCAACGGGCUUACAAAAGGACGAAAAACCAUUGAAAUUAUUGAAAUUGAAUUCGUGUAAAAUGAAUGACCUUCAUUUGAUCGCUUUGCUCCAAUCAAUACCGAAUAUUAAGGAAUUUCAAUACGAAACACCACGCGACCAUGAAAGUUGUCAUAAUCUUAGAUGCUUUUGGGAAGUUGUCAAGACUUUGUCCCCUAUAAAACAUUGUUUGGAAAAUCUUCUAAUAUUUACUGAGGAGUGGCAGCUGGAAGCCGAUGAACCUACACCGGAAAGAAUGGGGACUUUGGUGGAUUUCACGGCCCUUCAUACACUUGAAUGCGUAGGUGUCUCGAUGGGACUGACACUGUUAGAUGUCAAUGAUGAUCCACUACUUCAAUUGGCGGAUAUACUCCCCCCAAGUCUACGGUCCUUACGUUUGGUCGCAAGGGAUUGGUUCGUGUCGCGUAAGUCCCUACUCCGACCGGAUGAGGUAGAAGAGAGGAGGAAUUUCUUACUCCAAAUUAACAAUCUCCUCAAUGAAAAGUGGGUACGUGUUCCAAAGCUGGAGGUUAUUUGCAUCGACUUGGGACAACCUGUUCCAUGCUAUUGUCAUGGUGGCGAGUACUGUGACAACACGUGCCCAGCAAUGCAGUCCCAGCCUGAGUUUCUAGAAUUCGCGGAGGCAUGCCUUCUAAGGGGCAUCAGGUGCGUGUUUUAUGAAAGCCGCUGCCGUGUAGCUCGCGUUUAA